CCAUGACGGGAACUCCUUAUUUAAUUCUUAUAACAACCCAUAGCAAGCACCCAGCACCGAUAGGGACUCUCCAUUGUGUUCUCCCUCGGCUCACUGUUGGAUGUCCUACUCCGAGUGGCCCCGGCAAAUGAACGCGGAGGAUUCCUGAGGACUCGGGCUCGAGAGCGCUCUCGUUUGGAAAACCAGCCCAAGUCCCGCGCUCUCUGAAGAUUUCUCUUCUUCCUACUGAUUGUGGACCUGUGUGCGUCUCUGUGAGCCGUCAGAACUGGAGGAAACAUGGGCUGGCGACGGCCUCUGCAAAGGACAGAUGUGACUAAAGCCCGCACCAUUUACCUCAACGAACCCCACAGGAACAGCUUCUGCAAAAACUCCAUCAGCACAGCCAAGUACAGCCUGUGGUCCUUUCUCCCGCGGUAUCUGUACCUGCAGUUCAGCAAAGCGGCCAACGCUUUCUUCCUCUUCAUCACGAUACUGCAGCAAAUUCCAGAUGUGUCUCCAACGGGAAAAUAUACAACUCUGUUGCCUUUGCUGAUUAUUCUUGUAAUUUCAGGCAUCAAAGAGAUUGUAGAAGAUUACAAACGACAUAUGGCAGACAGAUUAGUUAACUCGAAGAACACAAUAGUGUUAAGACAGAAUGUGUGGCAGGUGAUUUUAUGGAAAGAGGUGAAUGUGGGUGACAUUGUGAAGGCCACAGACGGGCAGUUCCUCCCUGCAGACGUGGUCCUCAUCUCUUCCAGCCAACCUCAGGCCACAUGUUACGUUGCAACAUCUAAUCUGGAUGGAGAGACAAAUCUAAAAAUACGGCAGGCAUUGUUAGAAACAGCUGAGAUUCAAACAGAAAAGCAGUUGUCAAGCCUGUCUGGAAAAAUAGAAUGUGAAGGACCUAAUUGUCAUUUCAACAACUUCAUUGGAACCUUGUAUCUAAAUGGUAAAAGCCCUGUUUCGAUUGGGCCUGACCAGGUCUUGCUAAGAGGUACACAGCUCAAAAACACUGACUGGAUCUUUGGCAUAGUUGUUUAUACUGGAUUUGAAACCAAAUUCAUGCAGAAUGCAGUGCAGUCACCUCUCAAGAGAUCCAGGGUUGAGAAGGUCACCAACGUGCAGAUCCUGGUGCUGUUCCUGAUGCUCUUGGUCAUGGCCUUGGUGAGCUGUGUGGGAGCUGCCUUCUGGAACGGCACGUACGGAGAAAACACCUGGUACAUUGGCAAGAAGGAUCACACUUCCCCCAGCUUUUGGUUUGACAUUUUGAUGUUCAUUAUCUUGUACCACAAUCUCAUCCCCAUUAGUCUUCUGGUCACUCUGGAAAUUGUGAAAUCCAUUCAGGCCAUGUUUAUAAACUGGGAUGAAGAUAUGCAUUAUGAGAGAAACGAUGUCUAUGCCAUGGCCAGAACAUCCAGUCUUAAUGAGGAGCUCGGGCAGGUGAAAUACUUAUUCUCUGAUAAGACAGGAACCCUCACUUGUAAUAUUAUGACAUUUAAGAAGUGUACCAUUGCGGGUAUAAUUUAUGGAAACCAGUCAGACAGAAAUGACGUUGAUGAGGAAAACUCGAGUGAUCGUCCUUGUCCCAUCACAGAGUCCUCUGAAUUCAGUGACCCAAAAUUACUGGAGAACUUUGAAGAGGACCAUCCCACGAAAGAAUAUAUAAAGGAAUUUCUCUUCCUGUUAAGCGUGUGCCACACUGUUGUUCCUGAGAGAGAUGGAAAUAAUAUAAGCUACCAGGCCUCCUCUCCAGAUGAAGCAGCUUUAGUGAAAGGGGCGAAGAAACUUGGCUUUGUUUUCACUGCACGAACGCCGUACUCUGUCACCAUCGAAGCUAUGGGAGAAGAAUUCACGUUUCAAAUUCUCAAUGUCCUGGAGUUUUCUAGCAAUAGAAAGAGGAUGUCUGUCAUCGUCCGAACUCCUACCGGACAGCUGCGGCUGUACUGCAAAGGGGCCGAUUCGGUGAUUUAUGAGAGACUUUCAGAAGAUUCUCUCUUUGUAAAGGAGACAUUAACGCAUCUGGAAAGUUUUGCCAGAGAAGGUCUGAGAACUCUCUGUAUUGCCUACAUAGAUUUAACGGAGCUGGAGUAUCAGCAGUGGCUGGCGAUGUACGAGGAAGUCUGUACAGUCGUCCAAGACAGAGCUCAAAGUCUGGAACACUGUUAUGACACUAUUGAAAAGAAGUUCCUGCUACUUGGAGCCACAGCCAUUGAAGAUCGUCUUCAAGCCCGUGUUCCCGAGACAAUAGCAAAUUUACUGAAAGCAAACAUAAGAAUAUGGCUCUUGACAGGUGAUAAAGAAGAAACUGCAGUUAACAUAGCGUAUUCCUGUAAACUGUUAUCAGGUCACAUGCUUCAUAUUCAGUUGAAUGCAAAUUCAUUAGAGGCAACACAGCAAAUGAUUGAUCAGAACUGCCAAGAUCUUGGGGCCUUGUUAGGUAAAGAAAAUGACCUGGCCCUAAUCAUUGAUGGCAAAACAUUGAAGCAUGCCCUCCACUUUGAAGUUAAGAAGAGCUUCCUUAAUCUGGCCCUCUCGUGCAGGGCAGUGUUAUGUUGUAGAUUAUCUCCCCUCCAGAAGGCUGAGAUAGUGGACUUGGUUAAGAGCCACGUAAGGGCCAUCACCCUGGCCAUCGGGGACGGGGCCAACGAUGUGGGCAUGAUCCAGACGGCCCACGUGGGCGUGGGGAUCAGCGGGAACGAGGGCAUGCAGGCCACCAACAACUCGGACUACGCCAUCGCCCAGUUCAGCCACUUGGAGAAGCUCCUGCUGGUUCACGGCGCUUGGAGUUAUUUUCGGGUGACCAAGUGCGUGUUGUACUGUUUCUACAAGAACGUCGUGCUCUACAUCAUUGAGCUCUGGUUCGCCUUUGUUAAUGGAUUUUCGGGGCAGAUUUUAUUUGAACGUUGGUGCAUCAGCUUGUACAACGUGAUUUUCACGUCACUGCCCACUAUUACUCUGGGAAUCUUUGAACAGUGUUGCAGUCAGGAGAGCCUGCUUAGGUAUCCACAACUGUACACCAUUUCUCAGACAGGUGAUAUUUUCAACAUAAAGGUGCUCUGGAUUCAGUGUAUAAAUGCUUUCGUCCAUUCCUUCAUUCUCUUCUGGUUGCCCACAAAAAUGCUGAAGCAUGAUAUGGUCUUACCAGGUGGUUACACUACAGACUAUUUGUUUCUUGGAAAUUUUAUUUAUACGUACGUGGUUGUGACUGUCUGUCUGAAAGCUGGCUUGGAGACAAUGUCCUGGAAUAAAUUUAGUCAUUUGGCAAUUUGGGGAAGCAUACUGAUCUGGCUGGUGUUUUUUACAGUUUACUCUUUCUUCUGGCCCACGAUUCCCAUUUCUCCUGAAAUGACGGGACAGGCCAGUAUGGUCCUGGCUUGUCCAUACUUUUGGCUGGGUUUUUUCUUGGUCCCCAUUGUGUGCCUGAUCCAAAAUGUAAUAUGGAAAUCGAUUAGAAAUACCUGCAGCAGAACUUUGCUAGAGGUGGUCCGGGAGAUGGAAAGUAGCAGAGGUCAAGAACUUGAUUGUUCUGGAGUCACUGAAGAGAAUCCCAGGGUGGAAGCCAAGAAUUUCCAAGGGCCCCUGAGUUCCCAGCCCUGCCAGAUCAUCUUCCGGAACAGCUCUGUGGAUCUGAGCGCCCCACGAGGGUAUGCAUUUUCUCAAGUCGAGCACGCUGUGAUUUCUCAGGAAGAACUGGUCCGUUCUUAUGACACCACCAAAAGCAAAACCAGGAGGACUUUUUCCACUGCCUUUUCCGAGUCCAUCUUCGAGUAAGGUCUGGGCCCUGCAUCCUGCACGUUCACGUCCUUCCCUGAGACCGAGUCCUCGAGCCAGCGUGUCUCCACACGGCUUCCCGCGGCUCUGGCUGGGUGGUUACGUAUGUAUCCAUGGAGGCGUGAUCCUUGGCUAUAAACGAUGGGGACCCCUCUUUGCUUUUUCUCAGUUUGUCCUCAGUGUUUUACGUUCUGUAUUUAGUUUUCUGUGGCGAGGAGCCACUUUAUCAGUUCAGUCUGAAGGAUAAAAUUCAAAGCAUUAUGUUUCCCCCAGAUUUAAAUUUUGGUCCAGGUUGUUUUGGGAAAAAAGGUAAAGGACAUGAAGUUACAGAGUGAGCUUGUCUUGCUUGAUGGGAAGGGGGUGCAGCAACUUUAUCUUUUGCAAACUCACAGAUUAAGGGCACAAGGCGGGAUAUAAAGCACUUUUCGACGCGGAAGUCCUAUCGUGUUUGAGUUGUAUUGUGUGUGUCUGAAAGGUGCACCGGAUUCUUGAUUUCGAGGAACUCACACAACGAGCGUGUGUGGCACAGACUAACCUUGGGCCUCAGAAUGACCACAUCGCGUUAUGCUCCCUCUGAUCCCUCCGUGCACCAGGGCUGGUGGAAAAUUCCACCUCAGCCGUUCUUGUGGCUCUGCCUUAGGCGAGUGCAAACUUCCCAGGGUUUCAGACCCUAACAUUUCUCUCCUAGGAUGCGUUGCCUCCUCAGUGCACUUGGAGGCACAAAGACGGGUCUUUCAAUCCCGUCCUGUAGCCCAGGGGAGAGGCCCCUUUCUCAAGCCUUAUUCUCCUUAGUGAGUUUUUAAGAAGCAAAGGCCAAGAAUUCUCGAGGGCUGCUUCUGUUUACUGUGCCAUUAGAUGACUCCUCUGAGGAAAUGAACUGAAAAGCCUGACACUUGUUAGAAUGGAGCUAAGGCAACAAGGAAAACAACAGGAGAAAAGCCUGAUAAAUAUCUCAAAAAUUUACCCACAAACAGAUAAACAAAUCUGCUAUAUCCAUACAAUGGGAUGUUAUUUGGCUGUAAAAAGAAUGGAAGAUGCAUGACAUGGAUAAACCUUAAAAACAUUAUGCUAAGUAAAAAAAGCCAGUUUUAAGGGGCCACAUGCAAUAUGAUUCCAGUUACAGGAAACUCAUUAGCAAGUCUAUCCAUAUAGACUGGCGGUCGCUUUGGGUUGGGGGGAGUGGAUGUCGCCCAGAAUGUGGAGUGACUGCCCGUGGGCACAGUGUUUCUUUUGAGCAUGAUGAAAAUGUCCUACAUUUAGACGGUGGCACAGUUUGCAUGAUUCUGUCAUAUUCUAAAAAUAAUGAAUUAUAUGCUUAAGGGUGGAUUUUAUGGUAUAUGAAUUACAUCUCAGUAAAGCUGUUGGGUUUUAAAAUCACCUAAUAAAAUUAAGAGAUUUUGAAGCUA